AUGUCUACGAGUCGCCAACUUGACCCCAACUUCACUUCCUACGUUAUCAACGCCAUGGGGCCCAAAACGCCCGAGCGCACCCGCGUUAUCUUGGGUUCCCUGAUCAGGCACAUCCACGACUUUGCUCGCGAGGUCGAGCUCACCCCUGCUGAAUGGAUGCUUGGGGUGGAAUUUAUCAACUCCAUCGGCAAGAUCAGCACUCCUGUUCGCAAUGAAUGUCACCGCAUCUGUGACGUCAUCGGUCUUGAAUCUCUCGUCGACGAUAUCGCCAACAAAAUCGUCACCGAACAGGGAGUAUCUCCCACGUCUAACGUCAUUCUUGGUCCCUUCUGGUCACCUAAUGCUCCAUUCCGUAACCUCGGCGACAGCAUCAUCCAAGACCCCAACCCCAACGGAAAGGUCACGUACAUGCAUGGUGUCCUCAGAGAUAUGGAGACCGGACAGCCCAUUGUCGGCGCGGUUCUUGAUAUCUGGCAGGCCUCGGCCAACGGGCAGUACGACUUCCAAGAUCCCAAACAGAGCGAGAACAACCUCCGCGGAAAGUUCCGGUCGAAUGAGAAAGGGGAGUUCUUCUGGUACUGCUACCAUCCGACUCCUUACUCGCUGCCCACCGACGGGCCGGCCGGUGUGCUGCUCAACCUCAUGGAUCGCUCCCCGAUGCGCCCGGCCCAUAUCCAUCUUAUGAUCACCCAUCCCAACUACGCCACCGUCAUCAAUCAGAUCUAUCCUAGUGAUGACCCCCAUCUCGACAUCGACUCGGUGUUUGCGGUCAAAGAUGAUCUGGUUGUUGAUUUCAAGCCCAAGUCCGGCGAUCCGAAGGCGCAACUAGACCUCGAAUACAAUGUCAACAUGGCUCGUAAGGAGCACCAUCCCAAUCCGAACUCGGCGCCGCCUGUUUCUUCGUUUGAGCGGCAUCACAAGAUCAGUCAGAAGUUAUAA